GAACUACACUACCUUUAACUUCUUCAAGUACUAUCGAGUCAAAUAUGGUUUUAACAAGAGAACAAUUAAAAGAGCUCCUUAAAAAAGUAACUGAUGGAUUUAAAGAAACUGCUCAAUCCAUAAAAUCUGAAACACAUGUGUUCCCAAUAGAAUUAUUCUAUGGAAAGGAGGAAAUUGCUAUGUUGGUUAUAUUAGACAAUACUAAUAUCUUAGCUGACACCAUAAAAAAUGCAGCUAAAAUUGAAGUGUGA